UUCAUGCAUAUUAGAAGGUGAUCAGCACACAAUAGGCACUCAAUAAAUGUUGAUGGGAGGACUCCCUGCUGUCUCCUUACCCCCGUAUAGUCUCCCCCAAUCCUUUGUCUUGCUGCUCUUCCCCACGUGCAGGGCUUGCUGUCCACAUCUCUCCCCUGAGCUGCGCGCUGAGGACAUGGAGCUGCCUACUACAAAGUCUGGCACCAUCAACCUGGGCCUGGGCACAUGGAAGCCUACCUCCCUGGAAGACCGACAGCGUGCACGCUCCAGGGAUGGUGGCAAGAAGCUGCCCGAGUACAAGGUGGUGGUGGUGGGCGCGAGUGGCGUGGGCAAGAGCGCUCUGACCAUCCAGCUGAACCACCAGUGCUUCGUGGAAGACCAUGACCCCACCCUCCAGGAUUCCUACUGGAAAGAGCUGGACCCGGAUCACGGCGGCUGCAUUCUGAAUGUGCUGGACACCGCAGGGCAGGCCAUUCAUAAGUCCCUGCGUGACCAGUGCCUGGCUGCUGGUGAUGGUGUGCUGGGUGUCUUCGCUCUUGAUGACCCCUCCUCGCUGGCCCAGCUGCAGCAGAUUCGUGACGCCUGGGGCCCUCACCCCAACCAGCCUCUUGUCCUUGUGGGAAACAAGUGUGAUCUGGUGACCGACGGCGGAGAAACUCGUGCCGCUGCUAUAGCCCUUGCCAAGAGCUGGGGAACACCCUUCGUGGAGACCUCAGCCAAGACCCGGCAAGGUGUGGAGGAGGCCUUUACCCUGCUCCUGCAUGAGAUCCAGAUGGUCCAGGAAGCCUUGGCAAAGAAGGCGUCACGGUCACGGUCAGGUGGGAAGCACCAGAAGACCACCUGCCGCUGUGGCUGCUCUGUGGCCUGAAAGUCUUGGUCAAGAAAAGCGGACCCUCCCCCAGGUCGGGGUGAUCAUUCCCUUGACAUGAGACCCCUGAAGCAACUAGCUGCAUGGGAUACUGUCUGUACUGGAGAUGGAUGGACACCGCUUUCAUUUUCACUUGGUGAGGGGCUUUUUGUUAAUUUAGGGUGUCUAACGUUUAUGUCACAUCAAG